AUGGCGCCUCCUCACACCAAAGUCGCCAUCAUCGGCUCCGGCCCUGCCGCACACACCGCCGCCAUAUACCUCUCCCGAGCUGAAAUGAAGCCCGUCAUGUACGAAGGCAUGCUCGCGGGCGGCACAGCAGCAGGGGGACAACUGACGACCACCACGGACGUGGAGAACUACCCAGGCUUCUCCAAGGGCAUCGGCGGCUCCGAGCUGAUGGACGAGAUGCGCGCACAAUCUACACGGUUCGGCACUGAGAUCAUCACAGAGACGAUAACGCGGAUCGACUUACAAUCCCGCCCAUUCCGCCUGUGGCGCGACUACGACGACGCGGAAGGAGACGAGCCUGCCCACACCGCCGAUGCUGUCAUCAUCGCCACGGGCGCCAACGCCCGCCGGCUCAACCUGCCCGGUGAAGACAAGUACUGGCAGAACGGCGUAUCAGCGUGCGCGGUCUGCGACGGCGCCGUACCGAUCUUCCGCAACCGACCACUGGCUGUCAUCGGCGGCGGCGACUCGGCGGCAGAGGAAGCCAUGUUCCUGACGAAAUACGGCUCGCACGUCACGGUACUGGUGCGGAAGGACAAGCUGCGCGCGAGCAAGACCAUGGCCAAGCGCCUUCUCGCCAACCCGAAGGUGACGGUGAAAUUCAACCACGUCGCAGUCGAGAUCCAGGGCGAAGACAAGGUGCGCGGGCUUAUGACGCAUCUCAAGAUCAAGAACGUGGUGACCGGUGAAGAGGAGGUGGUCGACGCCAACGGACUCUUCUACGCCGUCGGCCACGACCCGGCCACCGCGCUGGUGAAAGGCCAACUCGACAUCGACGAGGAAGGCUACGUCAUCACCAAGCCCGGCACUAGCUACACCAGCAUCCCCGGUGUCUUUGCCGCCGGUGACGUCCAGGACAAGAGGUACCGACAAGCCAUCACCAGUGCCGGCAGUGGUUGCAUCGCCGCCCUCGAGGCUGAGAAGUACCUCGUCGAACUGGAAGAUGAUGACCAGCCGAAUCUCGAGAAAGAGAACCAGGCCAAGAAGCCCGAGGUCAAUGGCGACUCCUCUGCUCCUGAAUACCGCUCUAAUCCACUGCUGUAA